UUUUAUAUUCGAUCUGCAAUUCUCACGAGGCACCGGGCGGCGACGGCGGCGACGGAAAAGGCGAUGAGUUCGUCGGCAGCUCUUCGCGAUAUGCAGAGAGACCUAGAGAACAAAGCCAACGAUCUCAGCAAAAUUCAGAAAGAUAUCGCGAAGAAUCACCAGUUGAGGAAGAAGUAUACGAUCCAACUUGGUGAGAAUGAACUCGUGCUUAAGGAGUUGGAUUUGUUGGAAGAAGGGGCUAAUGUGUACAAAUUGAUUGGUCCGGUGCUAGUGAAGCAGGAUUUGGCAGAAGCAAACGCAAAUGUUCGCAAAAGAAUUGAAUACAUUUCUGCCGAACUGAAACGGCUUGAUGCGAUUCUCCAAGACAUGGAAGAAAAACAAAACAGCAAAAGAGAUGCGAUAUUAAAGUUACAACAAAGGCUCCAGUCUCUUCAGGCAGGAAAAGCGAAGGCGUAGUUAAGCUGCUGAGGUAUUCAUUGUCUUUUCUUACCAUCUUUUGUCAUUGUUCUGCCUCUGUAGUAGUGUCCCACGUUCUGCAUUUUAGUUCUGACAAGUUUUUUUUGGGGGGGAGAUACCCUUUUGUGUUGUGUGUGGGCAACUUAAGUGUAGUUUUGGAUCGUGUUUAUGUUUAGAACACGACACUGGCUCGUGAUUUAUACCAAAAUUACUCGAAAAUCGGAUCCGAUUUUCGAGUACUCUUCUUCAUUCAAAUACAAAUAUAAAUCCAUGAAUA